GUUACGUUAAUGGCGAAUGAGGAAUUCAGAUUGGUAUCGCCUGCGAUAGACCACGAUGGCAAGCUACCACGCAAGUACACAGUAGAAGGACAAGGAGCACGGAAGAACUUAUCUCCACCGUUGGAAUGGUACAACCUCCCCGAAGGUACCAAGAGCUUGGCUCUGGUAGUUCAGGACAUCGACGCUCCAGAUCCGAACGGGCCCAUCGUACCUUGGACCAUCUGGGUGGUGGCGAAUAUACCACCAACGCUGAAGGGUUUCCCUGAAGGAUUUUCAGGGAAGGAAGAAGAGGUUGGUGGUGACUAUGCCAACAUCAAAGAAGGCCACAAUGAUGAGAAAGUCCCUGGGUGGCGCGGCCCUAAACUUCCUUCUCAUGGCCACCGCUUUGAGUUCAAACUUUUUGCUUUGGAUGGUAUGCUGCAUCUCGGUAACAAGGUGACAAAGGAUAAGCUGUUGGAAGACAUUGAAGGACAUGUUCUGGGCGAAGCUGUGUUAAUGGCCAUCUUCUAAUGCUCGUUCUCUUCU